GGAGCAAGGCCAGGGAGGCGGCGGCGCCUCGGUCGGGGCCGCGGCCUCGCCGGGCAGCCGGGGAGCCCGAGCCGGCCGGGGAGCGGGCCGAGCCCCCGGAGCAGCGGCCGGUCCUGCCCGGGGGCGCCGCGCCCUCCCCGGGGCGGCGGGGGACGUGCGGGCCGCCGGGCCGGAGGAGGCCUCAGCCCCUGCUGCUGCUGCUCGCCCGCCUGGCCGCCGCACUGCGCGCCAAGCUGCGCCUCCGCCGCCACCACGGCGCCUGGAUGUGCACCACCGGACUCCUCGCCGCUUUUGCUGGAGUUUUGCACUGGAGUCAUAUAACAAGUCUUUUUGAAAAUGACCGCCAUUUUUCUCACCUCUCAACUCUGGAGAGGGAGAUGGCUUUUCGCACUGAAAUGGGACUUUAUUACUCUUACUUUAAAACAAUAGUGGAAGCACCUUCAUUUUGGAAUGGAGUCUGGAUGAUUAUGAAUGACAAACUCACUGAACACCCUCUUGUGAUAAAUACAUUGAAGCGGUUCAAUCUCUACCCGGAGGUAGUCCUAGCCAGCUGGUACCGCAUAUACACAGGGGUGAUGGAUUUUUUUGGCAUCCAGACCAAGAUAUGCUGGACUGUUACCAGGGGAGAUGGGCUUAGUCCUGUUGAAAGCUGUGAAGGAUUGGGAGAUCCAGCUUGCUUUUAUGUUGCUAUGAUUUUUGUUUUAAAUGGAUUAAUGAUGGCAUUCUUCUUCAUAUAUGGCACAUACCUAAGUGGGAGUCGUCUGGGAGGCCUAGUUACAGUGCUAUGCUACUUUUUCAAUCAUGGAGAGUGUACACGUGUGAUGUGGACCCCACCCCUUCGUGAAAGUUUUUCAUACCCAUUCCUUGUACUUCAGAUGUUGCUGGUGACUCACAUUCUCAGGGCUUCAAGUGUUCACAGAGGAAGUUGGAUUGCACUUUGCAUUUCCAAUAUCUUUUUCAUGCUUCCCUGGCAGUUCGCUCAGUUUGUUCUUCUCACUCAGAUCGCCUCAUUAUUUGCUGUCUAUGUUGUGGGUUAUGUGGAUUCAUGCAAACUACAGAAGAUUAUCUAUGUACACAUGGUCUCUCUUGCAUUGUGUUUCAUUCUGAUGUUUGGGAACUCAAUGUUAUUAACAUCCUACUAUGCCUCUUCUUUGGUAGUAAUUUGGGGUAUCCUUGCAAUGAGAUUGAAUAUCCUGAAGAUGUAUGUAUCUGAACUUGGCAUGUGGGUCUUUCAAGGAAUCAGUUGCUUCUUUGGAACAGUAAUUCUGAAAUCCUUGACAUCGAAAAUCCUCGGUGUUACAGAUGAUGCUCACAUUGGCAAUCUUUUAACAUCAAAAUUCUUCAGCUACAAGGAUUUUCAUACUUUAAUGUACACCUGCGCUGCAGAAUUUGAUUUUAUGGAAAAGGAGACUCCACUGAGAUACACAAAGACAUUGCUACUCCCAACCGUUGUUAUGGUUUUUGCUGCAAUUGUAAAAAAGACUGUUUGUGAUCUUUUGGGGGUGCUAUCUAAGAAGAGUCCCUGUGGAAGAAAACAAAAUUUUGAUCGUGGAGAGCUGGUUUAUCAUGCGCUGCAGCUGCUGGCAUAUACUGCCCUUGGGAUUUUAAUUAUGAGACUGAAACUCUUUCUGACACCACACAUGUGUCUUAUGGCUUCCUUGAUCUGCUCAAGACAGCUGUUUGGAUGGCUCUUGUGUAAGGUGCCCCCGGCAACAGUUGUGGUGGCCAUGCUGACAGUUAUGUCCAUUCAAGGUUCUGCCAACCUCCAGAGCCAGUGGAACAUCAUAGGGGAGUUUAGUAAUGUGCCCCAGGAAGAACUUUUAGAGUGGAUCAAAUUUAACACCAAACCAGAUGCUGUAUUUGCAGGCGCAAUGCCUACCAUGGCAAGCGUGAAGCUCUCUGCUUACCGACCCAUUGUUAACCACCCACACUACGAGGAUGCAGGCCUGAGGGCUAGAACGAAAAUAGUUUACUCCAUGUACAGCCGAAAGACUGCAAAAGAAGUGAAGCAAAAGUUGUUAAAGUUGGGCGUGAAUUACUACAUUUUAGAAGAGUCCUGGUGUGUCAGGCGAACCAAGCCUGGAUGCAGUAUGCCUGAAAUCUGGGAUGUGGAAGACCCUUCCAAUGCCGGCAAAACUCCACUCUGUAACCUGUUGGUCAAAGAUUCACGGCCACACUUCACUACAGUGUUCCAGAACAACGUUUACAAAGUCCUGGAAGUCAAAAAAGGCUGAUCCUCCGCCUGGCUCUGCUGCCUGAAGAAUUUUGGUAAAAACUGCAAUGAAACAUUUAUGCCAAGGAAUCCUGAAUUGAUCGCUUUCAUUCAAGUCCUAAAACUUUUUUAGAGGAAACUGUUUCUAGACGGAACACAUUUUAGGAGAGUCUUUCACUUUCGCAAAGCACUUACUCUUCCGUCUCCCAUCAGGUGUUCAUUCCAGGUGCUCUGCGAUUGGUCAUCUUUGCACCAGCCGCUGGUUAACUACCCUUGGCCAAAAGAUGAGGAAACAUGAAAUUACAAGGUGAGGAAAAUGGCCUUACCCAAGGAAUGGCAACUCCAGGAAACCCCUGGAACCCCCUCAUGGAACUGCCAGCAUCCUCUUCGGAGGGCGUUCUGGGCCUGCCUCUGAGCCUUGGGAUCAUCUCACUGUCCCAGAAUGUGUUUGUCUGGCACAGGAUGUGUUGGUGCCUUCUACAAUUGGGUUAAAAUAUAGGUUGGGAAGGAGAUGGGGGGCACUAAGAUGGGAUGCUUGAGUUAUCUGUGGACAUCUUUGCCCUGCAUUAUUCCUGACAUUCCUCCCCAUCCCCAUAUUGUUCCUGUGCCAGGUGUAGUACCCAAGUUCCCAAGAGGUUUACGACUCAGGUAAGCCAUCAUUUUGGGGCUGGGGGAAGCAGGAUGGGGUGGUAUGUGUCUAAAAUGCUUAAAGAAGAGAGCACCCUCUCUCCACCAGUGCUAAUCCCCAGGCUCCUCCCCACCUUCUACCAUGGUGCCACUUCCCAGCAGGCUUUGAGUCCAUCGUUGUCUUGGUCCAAAGUUGGGGUUAAGGAACGGUAUUUCUGAAAUGGCCAAGAGCUUCUCCUUACACCCUCUGUCUCUCCUCUAAGGCCAAGGAUGAUGGUUUAUCCAGGUCACCUCAUCCCCUUACAGGAGAGAGAGUCUCCUUGGAGGACUUUGCUGCUUACAGGGAAGGGUGUAUAGCCCCAGGCAUCUCCACCUGCUUCAACCCCUAAGCCUGGCUUUGCCUAAGUGUAAGUGGUCCAUAAAUGCACUGGUCUUUUGGCGUGCUUUAGGCUUUUCCUAAACACCCGAGAAACCACUGCACUAGGGAGGCAGUUUUCAUGGCCAUUCUUCAAGAGAUGGACUCUGCUCUCUGGGGAGUUUAUUUUCUGGAGAAAGUUGGGCUUUUGUGCGAGCUACAUGCUGGAGGCCUUCCAGGCAAGUAAGAAACUAAAGUUUGAAUGGUAGAAAGUAUUUUUGACCAGUCUCAUCCAUAAUACUCGAGGAAAGGGAUGUAGUUGGUUUGAAUUGUUUCAAACAUUUUACCUUCCAAAUUCAACCACAACAGCUUGGGUCCUGGAAGAUAUUUUUUCUAUCUAAUUAUCCCAUGAUUAUUUUCUUUCCCUUUUUAAAAUAAACUCUAGCUCUCAAACAAGGUGAGAGCUAAAACAUGCUUACCUGUUUGAGGACUAGCAUGAUACCUUGGGUAGAGAGAAGAGGAGGAAGUCUUAUAUGAAGUAAUUUUUCUCUUCUUUCCACUCCUGCCCUUAGCCCCAUUUUUUAAAACCUAUUCUAAAGCCUUAUUUUUAUUUGGCCUCUUUUGAGAGAGGUUGACUUUUAUAAACUGUAACCAAAAAAACACACAACUUUAGAUAAUCCUUAAAAAUGACCUUAGAAAAUUCAGCUCAAAUCUAAAAGCAAGCCACCACCUGAUUCACACCUAAGAGGCUUUUUAAUUUGUGCCCUUACAUGGAUGGUGUAUUAAUUUCCUAAUUUCUAAUGUUGUUGGUUCUAAACACUUUAUAGAUGAUACUAAGGCUUUGUUUCAGAAAUUAAUUCACUUAGAGUAAAUAGAAUUUCCCAUCUGAGCAAACCUAUAAAAAUGCCAGUGUCAUUGUUAUGAACACUGGAAAAUGUUUAAAAGUAGUUUAGAAAUGUGAUUGAGGAGAUUAUUAAAUUUGUAACAGAUGCAUUUAAUUCAGCCAGCAAGUUCUAAAUUGCAUUGUGAACUGGUUGGAUACCGCACCCUAGAAGUUUAAACUGCAUUCAGCCUUGACAUUCUUCUAGGAGCAGGUGCUGUAGCUAGAAAUACGUUUUAGGAGAGCCUAUGGAAGCAGUACAGUAUGUCCAGCAUAUGAUGCUCAAACAGUGUUACAGAUAUUUUUUGUCUUAUGUCAGGGUGGGGAGAAGAUAUAACCUUAACAUUUACCAAAAAACCCCACAAACCAACAUUUUGGACAAUAGGAAACUAGGCCAUUAAAGGGCUUGAGCUUUGAAGGAGUAUUUUUUAAAAUGUUCAUGAAAUUCAACUAUGAGAAGAUGUAUUAGGGAUAAAGUGUCACAGCACAAAAGUACUGUAUUUUUAUGGAUUUUAUGCCAGUUGUUUACAUGUAUUAUGUAUGUUAAAUAAAAAAACCCUGAAAUUUCA